CCCCUCACUACAAGGUGGUGCACUCUGGGUCCUUUCUGUGUGGCGUUUGCAUGUUCUCUGUUUCCUCUGGGAAUGAAUGUAACCAAAGUGUGUAAAACACGAUAUUAAAAUCCUAAUAAAUAAUAAAUACAAUACAAAUACACAUUACAAAUAAGUCAUUGUAAAAUCACACUUAAGGCUUUGGGUAGCAUCACGAUCAAUAAAGCAUGGACCUCUUUGCAUCAAAAAAUAGCCAGAACCAGUAAAACCAUCCUGUCUUUAAUGAGUCUGUAGCUCUAUCUGGGAUAGUCUUACAUGUAAAAUGUAGUUUCUCUCCUCUGAGUGCGUACUUCCCCUUCCGCCUGGUUUAUCUAGAGUGAGUAACAGGCUAAGUCUCGGUUCCUGAAACAGAGGUGGUGUGCAUGAUUUAUCAUCUCUGUACUGGCUGGAGAUUACGCUGCUUGUGUUGUGACACUAAAGCGCUGAGACAAUGAGCAAGCCCAUGUUGUUGGAGCUGGAUGACAGGACGCUUGAGGAGAAGGAACAGGAUGAAGCGGCAGAGCAGGAUCGUGAACGGGCUGGAAUGGGCUAUUCAGAUAAAGCCAAAGCACCAAUGGACUCAAACGUCACAAUGGACCAUGGCGGGGUUCUUAAAGAUAUCCAAAUUAAUGUAAAUGUCAUGAAUGAAAUGCAAGGAAUACAAAAAGGUCCAACUCAACAAGAAAGAUCUGACCUGAAGAAGCUUUUCAAUGCAGUGUCCAGCGGCGAUGUCUCUAAACUAAACAAUCUGGAGAAGUACCUCAAUAAAACCAAUAAGAAGCUCACAAGCAACGAAUAUAUGCCACAUGGAAAGACAGCCCUGAUGACGGCUCUUCUACACCUGAAAAAUGGAAAGAACGAUGCUGUGGAGCACUUGUUAAAUAUCGCCAGGAGAAUGGGGGAUUUAAAAGACUUGGUAAAUGCUGAGUUUAGGGACCCAAACUAUGAAGGACAGACAGCUCUUCAUAUAGCCAUAGAAAGGAGGAGUAAGCACUAUGUUACACUGCUACUCGAGCACGGGGCUAAAGUCGAUGCAAGGGCCUGUGGGAAAUUAUUUCAGCCACACAGUGACAUAUCUUUCUACUUUGGGGAGCUGCCAUUGUCUCUGGCGGCCUGUACCAAUCAGAAAGACAUAGUGGACCUUCUAAUGGAAAAUAACGCAAACAUAAGGCACACAGACUCUCUGGGUAACACAGUUCUUCAUGCUCUUGUGAUGGUGGCUGAUAACACCCCUGAUAACACCAGCUUCGUCUGUUCAAUGUACGAUUACAUUCUGAGUAAAGACAUUGUCCAGAAUUCCCAACAGGAGAAUCUGGAGGACAUUGAGAACAAUCAGGGACUAACUCCUGUUAAGCUGGCUGCUAAGAAGGGUAGGAUUCAGCUGUUUGAUCACAUUCUGCAACGUGAGUUCCAGCAAGAAGAGAGCAGACAUCUGUCCCGAAAGUUCACAGAGUGGACUUAUGGACCUGUGUGUUCCUCACUGUAUGACCUGACCUCUCUGGACACCUAUGAAAAAAACUCUGUCCUGGAGAUCGUUGUUUAUGGAACAGAGAUACCUAAUCGUUUAGAGAUGCUUGAGGUGGAGCCUCUUAAUAUGAUGCUAGAAGAAAAAUGGAGCCGAUUUGCUCGUCCAGUGUUUCUGUUUAAGGCUGUUGCUUAUAUCGUCUAUCUCAUCAUCUUUACAGCCAUCUGUUAUAGCCACAACAAAAGAGGGCUUGAAUUUAAAGUAGAAGCCAUGCUCCUGAUCAUCCUUGCCAUUGGCUCGAUCUGUUUUAUUAAUAUAUCUGGACUGAUUUACAUGUGCAGAACAAGAGGGCAGCCAAUGCGGCAUUCAUUGCUGAUAGAUGGUUAUUCUGGGUAUUCUGACCUGCUCUUUAUCUUUCAGGCUGUCCUCCUUCUCAUCUGUGUGGGACUGUUUUUUGCUGAUAUACAGGAGUACCUAGCCUUUCUGGUUCUCUGUCUGGCUCUGGGCUGGAUCAAUCUACUUCAUUUCUUAAAAGCAUCCAAGCAACUGGGCAUCUACAGCGUAAUGAUCCAAAGGAUGAUUCUUGGCGACCUUCUACACUUUCUUCUUGUCUACUCUGUAUUCCUCAUUGGAUUUUCAACAGCUGUGGUGUCACUAGUGAGUGAAGAGAGCAGCACAGUUUUAGGAGGAGCCAUGAAAAAUCAGACAGAAAAGCCAUCAGAAGACAGCGAGAAACUCACCUUCUGCUCCACCACCCUGGAGCUGUUUAAAUUAACCAUAGGCAUGGGCGAGCUGGAGUUCACAGAGAAGUAUCGGUAUAAAUAUGUGUUCUACAUGCUGCUCAUACUGUACAUUGUACUGACGUACAUUCUGCUGCUGAACAUGCUGAUCGCUCUUAUGAGCAAGAGUGUGGAGGAGAUUUCUGUGGAGAGCAAAAGAGUCUGGAAGCUGCAGCGUGCCGUCACUAUUUUGGAUCUUGAGAGAUGUGUUGGCUGCAUAAAGCAAACUCGUUCUGGAGUAAAGAGAAACCUGGGAAAGGAAGAAGAUGAGGAUGUCCGCUGGUGUCUUAGGGUGGAUGAAGUCAACUGGAAAAUAUGGAACCACAAACUCAACAUGAAACAUACAGAUUUCAUGAGUGACACAUCGAAUCAAAUGCACACUACUACCCCUAAUGAAGAGGGGCCGAAUGAUCCUUUAGAAAGCCAAAAGGAUGAAAAUGAGACUGACUUCCUGCUAUCUAGCUAAUUCUAUUAAAAUACUACAUUACAAUUGUAAGAUCUGGUCAUGUUUGUUUCUGUCAUUUCUAUGUUGUUUAUAUUGAUUAUGUAAUACUUUUAGUGAUCACUAAUUGAUGGACUGGUGAUUUGUUCAAGGGGUUUCCUGCCUUUCGCCCAAUGAAGCAGUGAAAGAACAAUCAAUGAAUGAGUUAUUAAAGGAUGAAUUAUUAAUAAAUCCUUGGUACACUUUUUCUAGUGGAAUGGGCGCUGUGCCUAUUUUUUAAAAAGAUUAAAUGUUCUUGCUUAAAAUGCUGACAGCACUUUUAUUGAUGACAUUACUCUCUCCAUAUGAAAUUUUGACAAUCUAAUGUAACCUUUAAAAAGAAAUGGUUACUAAAAAUCUCUGUUCUCUGUUGUGUUAACAAUGCAAU